AUGCGUGUCCCCGCGGUGCUGGGGCUUCUGGUCGCCUGCGCGCUCAUCUGCGCACCGGUAAGUGAAGCGUGCGGCCCGGGCAGGGGUUACGGUAAGCGGCGGCCUCCCAAAAAACUCACGCCGCUCAACUACAAGCAGUUCAGUCCGUACGUAGCCGAGAAGACUCUUGGUGCCAGCGGCAGACUCGAGGGCAAGAUCACCAGGAACUCGGAGCGCUUCAAGGAGCUCACGCCCAACUACAACCCCGACAUCAUCUUCAAGGAUGAGGAGAACACGGGCGCGGACCGGCUCAUGACACAGCGUUGUAAGGACAAGCUGAACUCGCUGGCUAUCUCUGUGAUGAACUUGUGGCCGGGUGUGAAGCUGAGGGUCACUGAGGGCUGGGAUGAAGAUGGCAAUCACCCCGAGGAAUCUCUGCACUAUGAGGGCAGAGCAGUGGAUAUCACCACGUCUGACCGGGACCGUAAUAAAUACGGCAUGCUGGCCCGGCUGGCGGUGGAGGCCGGCUUUGACUGGGUUUACUACGAGUCCAAAGCACACGUCCACUGCAGUGUAAAAUCAGAACACUCCGUGGCUGCUAAGACGGGCGGCUGUUUUCCCGGAGGAGCUCUGGUCACGAUGGAGGAUGGGAGCAGGAAGACCAUGCAGGACCUGCAGCUCGGUGACCGAGUGUUGUCAUCGUCAGAGAGAACCGGGCAGCUCGCUUUUAGUGAGGUCAUCGCCUUCCUAGAUCGCCAGUCCACCGUCCGUACACUAUUUUACACAUUGGAGACAGAACGGGGUGCUACUUUAAGCCUCACCACCGCUCACCUCGUGUUCGUUUCUGAGGGGAACUGCUCAGGUUCAGCGCUGACCGGAACACUCCGGACUGUGUUCGCCAGUGAGGUGAAGCCCGGUCAGUGUGUGGUUCUGGCUCAGGAUCGAGAAGGACAUCUUUCCCGGGUACUCAGGGUCCGAAUCCGGGAGGACAUGGGAGUGUUUGCUCCUCUUACCCAGCAUGGAACAGUGGUGGUUAAUGACAUUUUGUCCUCCUGCUAUGCAGAGGUGGAUGAACACUCACUGGCUCAUGCUGCUUUUGGACCAUUAAGAGCACUUCAUCGUUGGGGAGGUCCAAUGGGCCAUCAGGCUGAGGGGUUACACUGGUACUCCUCGCUGUUGCACUGGAUUGGAAGACACAUUCUCAACCCAAAACAUUUCCACCCAUGGGGUGUUUUAGCAAAUUACAGAUGAGAUAAACAGGCUGAUGUAUGUAACAGCAAAACGCCCCAAAAAUGUCCAAUGCAAUAGAGAAACAAAUGGACAGAAUAGCACUCAAACUGAAAAUAGGACACUAAACGGGCAUCAUUUUCUCAUUAUGCAGGAGUGAAAGAAAUUCUAAAAUGAAGAACAGAAAACGUUUGACCCAAAACAGACUAUAUCCUUCAAAGGCUUGAAGGUUGCUGUAAUUCUCCGGGCGUGUUCACUCGUUCGAAAAAUCAUCUUCAGGGAUGUCGACGGAACUAAUUCAGACCCACAUGUAAACAUAUUCAAUGCAAAACCAUUUAAACGCUACACUGGAUCAUCCUCGCAAACACAUAAACACGCACAUUUCUACGCAUACAGGAAGCAAACAUGAUUCAAAAGAGGAAGAAUCACAUUUGACUAUUUUUAAAAGCAGUCUGUUUAAUGUCAACGCUUGUUGGAAAAUAAUGACAUUAUUUUAACUUAAAACCGUUUCUGAGUGGAAAAAAUUUGACAAAUUACAUCCUUGUGGCUGUAUCACGCAGAUGAACAACUACGCUCAUAUGAAUCAGAGUUUCUGGAAUGAACUAUGAGAAGUAGAAUUUGUCAGUAAAAAGGCAGUCCAGUGAACACAGCUCAUCCUGCCUGGUAUAAAAGCAAUGUCUUCUUCUUUUCAAAUUUAUCUAUUAAUGGUUUUGAGGGAAAAUAAUGCAUUAAUGUGCUAUAAUGUGGCAUUUUAUGCUAUUUAAAUAAAGCCAAAUGUACCUCUUUCACUAUAAUAACUAUUCUAACUCGUCUGAGGUAAUGCAACCAAGGUUAGCUGUAAAUAAAAUAGCUCAGGUAAGCAGUCGCUCAGGCGUAGGCAGUCGGGCUUAACCUUACUGAUAACGUAGGUGUAGGUAAAGAAAAGCAGCUCAGAAAAUCUACCCGAUAUCAGGUGUGUUUAUUUUUCAGUGCCCUUCCAUUCUGUAUGUUCUGUUUUUAUGUUUCGUAUCGUGCUUAUGUCCUUCCCGUAGUCUCACAAUUUCAAAUUCAUCCUCAUCAGUGCUGUCGAGUUUCAAGUUUUUGGUUUCAUGCUGGAAAUGUUCUUUAUAAGUUUAUUGAGUAUUUAAUAGUCACAUUGUACACUGUAUUUCUACAUAUAGCAUACACAAGGGGUAAAAAAUCACAGUUAUUAUAUAGUCAUACCAGUUAAGCUAUACUGUUUUAUUUACUAUUUAUUAAAUACACUCGUGUCAAAAACAGAUAUUAUAUUCCCAGAGAUCAGCUUGUUAAAUUCCUUAUGUAUGCUUUAUGGAGUGAUACUCGCCGUCUGGCUUGCUGUAUUUACGAUUUAUUGUGGCAUUAUAAAGUUUUUUUUGUUUUUGUUUCCAAAAAGAUGUCAAAAUUAUAUGUUCAUAUAAAUA